AUGGGUGCUCUUACGCAUCCUGUGCUAUUACAUCCCAAUAUGGUGCGUCCUUUCCAGCUUGGCGAUUCUCUUCUAUCCCAGGCUAAUUGCGGCUCCCCCUUUUCAAGGUCCAUGAUUCUCAUUUCCAUGGUCAUUUAUGUUUUGGUCGGCAUCGAGAUUGUCAAGCGGAGGGGCGCCUUGCAGUCGUUCAACAGCGAUCCUGUUCCGUUGGAAGACAGCAUUGCGUCCACCGCAGACACCCCUUGUAAUAAGCCGGAGAGUAGGGUGACUGAAGAAAAUGCCCAGUCGCGGCAUGGGCACGCCCCCGUGUCAUAUUCUGGAGAAGAAUCGCCCAUUCUUACCCCCAAACCGAGUAUCAGAACCUUCCACACUGUCGCCACGCCUACCCGCCACUUGUCUAUAUCAUUUAGACAAUACAUCCUCAUGCCAAUGUUCUUCUUCCUUGCGCUGUUGUCAGUCUGGGUGGCUCCUUCGACUAAUCGCGUUGGUGCAUUCGUCAACCCCGACUUUUUAUCCUAUCCGCUGCUGCUCAGUGUUGGCGCAACGGGAUCACUACGUGGCUUCUGGAACGGAGUUAUUUUCAUCACCAUUGGCAUGAAAUCGCAGAGGAGACGAGACGACUUGGAGAGACGAGCAACGCACCGGCUGCAAUUGGCACUCCAGGGCCUGCGGCAAGAUGCCGGCAAUGAGAUUAUCCGCGUCGCUAUUUUAGGUCUCGCCAAUGGCGGUGCCACGGCUACAAGAGUUUUACGCGCAUUGCUCGCCGAUCCGUUGCAGGAGGUACAGCCCUGGGAGAAGGAGCUGGAGAACCGGGAUGAGAGUAAACCGCUGAUUGUGCGGGUUGGCCCGCCUCGGAAUCAUGCCGUGUCUCUCGAGAUCGAGAAGGAGGUUGGUCUGGACGAGAUGCAUAUUUCGUGCCCCGAGUUGGAUGGGUAUAAUCUCGAAUUCCUUCUGAUGGGGGUCGAUGUGCCGUAUGGCGCGCCGGGUGAGGUCUCUAUUCAAGCGCUGGAGGAUGCAGUCCUUGUACCAACUGUUGAUAUUCCGUCCGCAAAUGGUAGAGUAUCGCCCAUUUCGACACCGGUUCACCAGGCACUGCUUGUCGCUGAUGGGUUGAUGGGUGCUGUCAAUGUUUCCGCUCUUCCCGUCUCCGAAACAGACGAAUCUAUCGCGGCCGUUGUUCAAAUUGAGGGAGUUACAAAGGAACAGCUGCAGGCUACAUUUGACGUCGUGGACGUAUCGCUGGCCGAGAAAGGCCUCAGCUUGUUUCGCCAAGGGCCCCAAAAUGCCAUGGACUAUGAACGCUUGUGGUUUUCGAGCAAUGUGCCUACCCUGCUGAAAUGGCUCAAGGAUGGGGCCAAACCUGCUGCUGCUGAUGAGACCAAGCCGGCCGUGCGAAGGCUGAUUGCGUCGACGUUGCAAAACACUUCCUCCCAAAUCGAGCUUAUUGAGGCCCGAAAGCUAUCCAAGGCGCUGACGCUGCACAGUGAUGAUCCGGCCGUGGCAGCUUUGAACAAGCGUCUGGCAGACUGGGCACAGAACGCUCACGCCGAGUUACAGGAUGAACUAGAUCUUGCCUUUAAAGGUCGGCGGUGGCGCAAGUUGGGGUGGUGGAAGUUGUUCUGGCGAGUGGAUGAUGUCGCCAUGCUGACCAACGAAAUGCUCGGUCAGCGAUUCAUGCCCACGGCAGAACAGGAGCUGGUUUAUCUGACCGGCAGAAUCGCUCAGCUGCGCGGCGCCUUGCCAGAGUAUCCUCAACCCAAGUCGUCCCUGGAUGCCACGGAGUCUCGAAAGCUCGGCUCCGGCGAACAUGCGCCCCCCUUGGCUGCGACGUCAUCCUACUCCCUGCCAAAGUGGCCUGGCCACAUUGCCUUCACUCGCCGCUACCUACAAAACGAAACCGUCCCCGCGCUGCAGUCACUUGCCCAGAGACUCGUCAUCCAAUCCCUGGGCACGUCUGGCAUAACCACAUCUCUGGCCGCCCUCUUGUACAUUUCGUCGUUUGCAUCCACCAUGUACGAAGCUGGUGCCGUGGCUGCCCUUGGAAUCGUCUACAGCCUAGGAAGACUGCAGAAGAGAUGGGAUGCCGCAAGGUCCUUCUGGGAAGGUGAAGUCCGCGAGGAAGGGCGCAAGGCCGUACGCGGAGCAGAAGAGAGCGUAGCCACGGUCCUGGAGAGCCACGGAAGCAAUGGUACAAACGGGGUGGAGGAAAUGAAAGAGUUGCAAAACACAAGAGAGCUAAUUGCCAAGGCUGAAGACGCACUGGCUCGAAUGCCAUAG